CGGGACGCUCAUUUAAAAGCGCUUUAAAACAGCGCAUCUCUUUGGUCUGUUUCGCAAGCGCGCGCUUUGCGUUGUUUCUGCUACUUUAAGUCGGUUUGCGCUGCGUUGCAGGUGUUGCUCUCCCUGCUGGAGCUCUUCAGCUGCUGGACUGAAGAUGUCCAGAUAGUCGCAAAAGCCACUUUUCAGCGGACUUUGUGCGUUACUACUUGCGCUGUGGACACUGCGCGCUCGUCCGCGGUCACUUGUGGAUGUGUAUUUGAAACGGACUCGCUGUUGCACCCAGCUCUGACCGCAGUGUGGUGAGGACAGUGCUGUGUUGCAGUGGACGCUGGUGGGGCGAGUGAGCGAGCGGAGGACGGGGCUGUGCUUCUUCCUGCUCUCGAAAGAGUCGCCAAGGCAAACUGAGACAUAUCCGGUUUCUUGCAAGUUUUCCCAUCAAUCAAAUCAACCAGCCAUUUUAACUGAUUACCUGGCAGAACUUACACCGACUAUAGGAUCUCCGCUAUGAUGUGGAUCCAAUCCAACCUUCCUCUGAGCUAAGCCAUAUCCUGGUCUGGCUACAUGUGCCAUUUGGCGCCUUCCAUCAGGGUUAGUCACCAGCAGCAGCACACAUGCAGUGAACACCACAGAUCAGUCCCGGUGCCAAGAUACUUCUUCCCUACCUAGGACGCUUUACUUGGCAGAACGUGGGAAAUAACAAUAGCCUUCACCUUGAAAAAGCACUGCAACUCUUUCAGCUUUCAUCUCAAACAUUGAGGGAUUGCUUGUUCUUUCCACAUGCAGAGAAUGAGAUAAAUUCAGACAAAAGACUGGUACCAGUGCUCAAGGACUUGGCAAUAUCAUGUUAAAAGGCAAUAGAUAACAUUUAAUACCUGAUAGAACUAUGCAUAGAGAUUAUCAAACUACAGUCAAAGGUUCUGCUGUAGACCUAUAUAGGGAACUAACAUUGGACUAGACCUGAGAAAUGCUCAGUCACUGUGGACUUCUGUGUGGUUUCUCUUAUUUGUUUGAUGUUGCAGGUUAAACAAACUGGAUACAUGAAUGGAACCUCAUGUGAAGGAACAUUUCAUUUGCAAACCUUAAUUUACAAUGGAAUAUCUGACUGAUCAUCAAGCAAACAGGGGAUCAGUUGAGGGUACUCCAGCUUAGCUAUGAACACCUGUUAAAAGUUGUAAUGGAUCAAUAUAACAGCACUAGUGAGCUUUUCUUACCCAACAUCACCGAGAACUCAGAGGGAUCGGAGGCUUUGGAUAAAGGAACACUCCUUGGCCUCCAGAUCUCACUCUCGGCCCUUCUGGCCAUAGUAACCCUGGCCACCAUGCUGUCCAAUGCCUUUGUCAUCGCCACCAUCUUCCUAACACGCAAGCUCCACACACCUGCCAACUUCCUCAUCGGUUCCUUGGCCUUGACGGACCUGCUGGUGUCCAUUCUAGUCAUGCCCAUUAGCAUCGUCUAUACGGUGAGCAAGACAUGGACGCUGGGCCAGAUCAUGUGCGACAUCUGGUUGUCAUCAGAUAUCACCUUUUGCACUGCUUCCAUCCUGCACCUGUGCGUGAUUGCACUGGACCGCUACUGGGCCAUUACGGAUGCGCUAGAGUACUCCAAGAGACGGACCACUCGGCGGGCAGCGCUAAUGAUCGGAGUGGUGUGGGUCAUCGCCAUCUCCAUCUCCAUACCACCACUCUUCUGGAGGCAGGCCAAGGCCCAUGAGGAGCUGACCGAGUGCCUAGUGAACACAGACCAGAUCUCCUACACAUUGUACUCAACCUUUGGGGCCUUCUAUGUGCCUACCGUUCUCCUCGUAAUCCUCUAUGGCCGCAUUUAUGUGGCUGCCCGAUCUAGGAUCUUCAAGACACCGGCAUCUUAUGGGAAACGUUUCACAACAGCACAAUUGAUCCAGACGUCGGCAGGCUCAUCCCUCUGUUCCCUCAACUCCUCAUCCAACCAGGAGGGGCAUCUUCAUCCCAGGGGAUCAGGAGGUGGAGGAGGGUCUCCACUGUUCAUGAACAGUGUCAAGGUGAAGCUGGCGGACAGCGUCCUGGAGCGGAAACGCUUGUGUGCUGCGAGAGAGAAGAAAGCAACAAAGACCCUUGGAAUCAUCCUGGGGGCCUUUAUUGUCUGCUGGCUGCCCUUCUUCGUGGUUACCCUGGUCAUGGCUAUCUGCAAAGACUGCUGGUUCCACCCAGUCCUGUUCGACUUCUUCACCUGGCUCGGCUAUCUCAACUCACUCAUCAACCCUGUUAUCUACACCGCCUUCAAUGAUGAGUUCAAGCAGGCCUUCCACAAACUCAUCAAGUUCAAGAGAUGCUAUUGAAGGAACCUUGCAAAGGACAGUUCUGACCUCCUGGUGUGUUGCUAUCAGCACUGUUAUAGAGCUUCAUCCUAGAAAUGCUGGGAUAUAAGACAUCUAUCUAUCUUGAACAUCUACUGUGGCGUUUGCUUUGGUGUCUUCAAGUACAAAACCCAUGGUCAUAAUGUUUGGUCGCCAUACAUUUUUGUACAAUUGAAUCCCCAUAAAACAACUUGUGAAAAGAUAAAAAUCCAUGUGCCAAACUGUAAAUGUUACCCAGUAGAUUUAUGUAUGCAUGCAUAGUUAAGGGGGGGCUUCCCUUAGAAAACAUUUGUUCUGUGUCUACAAGCAAUUACAAAGAGCCUUACCAACCAAAAAAGACUACACCAUAAAGAGAGAAGGAAUUAGACUGUUGGAAGGUACUGAACUGGAAUGGUCUGGGAAAAAGCAAUGCUUUCACAAAAGUUGUUCUAUAUCCUGUACAUGGUAUUGCAAAGAUAAGAUGUGUAUAUAUAAAGAUUUCAUUUUUCAAAGUA